AUGUCCGAGAAACCUUUUGUCGACGCUCCUCCACCCGAGGAUGGCGUUGCUCACCAAGUGCUGCCCCAUGACAACGGCAGUCUCAGUGAGGAGGCCAAUUCCAUCAAUGAGUAUACUGGUUUUGGUGCUCAUCAGGAAGGUGAAAUUAGAGAGUUGGCCAGAACCUUCACCAACAUGUCCCAUGACUCCGGCCACGACUUAUCCAAAACAAACACAUCCCAGGAUUUGCUCAAGUACUUGUCCCACAUGUCUGAGGUGCCUGGCGUAGAGCCCUUUGACCCAGAGCAGAUCAGCGAGCAGUUGAACCCAGACUCGCCCAACUUCAAUGCGAAGUUUUGGGUGAAAAAUAUGCGUAAGUUGUUCGAUUCCAACCCUGACUACUAUAAGCCUUCAAAGUUGGGACUUGCGUACCGUAAUUUGAGAGCCUACGGUGUGGCUGCAGACUCAGACUACCAGCCAACCGUCAGUAACGGGUUGUGGAAAAUGGCGGUGGAUUACUGGCACGAUAUGAGAAAAAUCGACGAGAGCCGUUGUUUUGACAUCUUAAAGACCAUGGACGGGUACUUCAAGCCCGGUGAAGUCACGGUGGUGUUGGGUCGUCCUGGUUCUGGUUGUUCCACUUUGCUCAAGACGAUUGCAUGCAACACGUACGGUUUUCACAUUGGCGAAGAAUCUCAAAUCUCCUAUGACGGCAUGACUCCAGAUGAGAUCCACAAACACCACCGUGGUGACGUUGUGUACUCUGCUGAGACCGAUGUCCACUUUCCACACUUGAGCGUGGGGGACACUUUGGAAUUCGCUGCCAAAUUGAGAACGCCUCAAAACAGGGGUGAAGUUUCCAGAUUGGAACACGCCAAACACAUGGCCUCCGUCACCAUGGCCACUUACGGUUUGUCCCACACUAGAAACACUCCUGUGGGUAACGACUUUGUCCGUGGUGUUUCUGGUGGUGAGCGUAAGCGUGUGUCUAUUGCCGAGGUUUCCUUGUCUGGUGCGAACAUUCAGUGCUGGGAUAACGCCACGAGAGGUUUGGAUGCCGCCACCGCUUUGGAGUUUAUUCGUGCUUUAAAGACCUCCGCGGCCAUCUUGGAUGCCACCCCUUUGAUUGCCAUCUACCAGUGUUCCCAGGAUGCUUAUGACUUGUUUGACAAUGUCAUUGUCUUGUACGAAGGAUAUCAGAUUUUCUUUGGUAAGGCCAGCGAAGCCAAGCAAUUCUUCUUGGAUAUGGGUUACGAGUGCCCUCAGCGUCAAACCACCGCCGAUUUCUUGACUUCCUUGACUAAUCCAGAGGAGCGUGUUGUUAAGCCUGGGUUCGAAAACAAGGUUCCUCGCACUGCGAAAGAAUUCUCCGAUUAUUGGAGAAACUCAUCAAACUACAAGGUUCUCACUGCAGGCAUAGACAAGUACCUUGCCGAGGUGGCCGACGGAAGCCAGAGAGAAGCUUACCGUGCAUCCCACGUUGCUAAACAGUCCGACCACACUCGUCCAUCUUCUCCUUAUACUGUUUCCUUCUUUAUGCAGACAAGAUACAUCAUCGGAAGAAAUUUCCUUCGAAUGAAAGGUGAUCCGUCGAUUGUCAUAUUCUCCAUCUUUGGUCAAGGUGUCAUGGGUUUAAUUCUAUCGUCCGUUUUUUACAAUUUGCAGCCGACCACCGGCUCCUUCUAUUACCGUGGUGCUGCCAUGUUUUUUGCUGUGUUGUUCAAUGCUUUUGCUUCCUUAUUGGAAAUCAUGUCUUUGUUUGAGGCUCGUCCAAUCGUUGAAAAGCAUAAAAAGUAUGCUUUGUACAGACCUUCUGCUGACGCUCUAGCGUCCAUCAUCUCGGAACUUCCUGUCAAGCUUUGCAUGUCCACGUGUUUCAAUUUUUCCUUCUACUUUAUGGUUCAUUUCAGGCGUGAUCCCGGCAGAUUCUUUUUCUACUGGCUCUUCUGUGGUCUCUGUACAUUGUGUAUGUCCCACAUGUUUAGGUCCUUGGGAGCUGUGUCUACUUCUCUCGCGGCUGCUAUGACUCCUGCUACUUCGGUAUUGUUGGCAAUGGUUAUCUUUACUGGUUUCGUCAUUCCCAUUCCGUCGAUGUUGGGUUGGUGCAGGUGGAUUCAAUACAUCAAUCCUGUGUCUUAUGUUUUCGAAUCAUUGAUGGUGAACGAGUUCCAUGGUCGUAAAUUCGAAUGUGCUCAAUUUGUGCCUUCAGGAGGACCAUAUGAUCAAGUUGCCGCUGUCAACCGUGUGUGCUCAACCGCAGGUGCCAGACCCGGUGAGGAUUUUGUUGAUGGUACUGCCUAUUUGCAGACCUCCUUUGAAUAUGUGAAUGCUCACAAGUGGAGAAAUUUGGGUAUCGUUGUCGCUUAUAUCGUCGUCUUUUUGGGCGUCUACAUUGCCUUGACCGAAUUUAACAAAGGGGCUAUGCAAAAGGGUGAGAUUGCUUUGUUCUUGAGAGGUUCUUUGAAGAAGGUCAGAAAGCAAAGAGAGCAGAAUGAAGCCAAGGUCAAUGAUGUAGAGAACAACCUUCCAAAUGAGAAGAUUUCAUAUUCCGAUGCCAUGGAGAAGGACUCUGGCGAAUCAUCUACUUCUGAUGACAAACUUCCUAAUCAGAGACAGAUUUUCCAUUGGAAGGAUUUGACUUACCAGGUCAAAAUCAAGGCAGAAAAUCGUGUUAUUUUGAAUCAUGUUGAUGGUUGGGUGAAGCCAGGUCAGAUCACUGCAUUGAUGGGUGCUUCUGGUGCUGGUAAGACCACUUUAUUGAACUGUUUGUCCGAGCGUCUUACGACUGGUACUGUUACUGACGGUGUAAGAAUGGUCAACGGUCACGGUUUGGACUCCUCAUUCCAAAGAUCGAUUGGUUAUGUGCAGCAACAAGAUAUUCAUUUGGCAACUUCCACUGUUCGUGAGGCAUUGACAUUCUCUGCCUACUUAAGACAGCCUUCUCAUGUUUCAAAGAAGGAAAAGGACGAAUACGUCGACUACGUCAUUGAUUUGUUGGAGAUGGGUGCUUACUCUGAUGCUUUGGUUGGUGUUGCUGGUGAGGGUUUAAACGUUGAGCAGCGUAAGAGAUUGACAAUUGGUGUUGAAUUGGUUGCCAAGCCUAAGUUGUUGCUUUUCUUGGAUGAGCCUACUUCUGGUUUGGACUCUCAGACUGCUUGGUCUAUUUGUAAGUUGAUGAGAAAGUUGGCCAACCACGGUCAAGCUAUUUUGUGUACCAUCCAUCAACCUUCAGCUAUCUUGUUACAAGAAUUCGACCGUUUGUUGUUCUUGCAAAAAGGUGGUAAGACUGUAUAUUUCGGUGACUUGGGCAAGAACUGUCAAGGUUUAAUCGAUUACUUUGAGAAGCACGGUGCCCAUCCAUGUCCUCCAGAUGCUAAUCCCGCUGAAUGGAUGUUGGAGGUUGUGGGUGCUGCUCCUGGUUCUAAGGCUGCUCAGGAUUACUUCGAAGUUUGGAGAAACUCAGAGGAAUACCAGGAAGUUCAGCGUGAAUUGGCUUACAUGGAAAAUGAAUUGGGUAAAUUGCCUGUGGAUGAGGACCCGGAGUCCAGAAAGAAGUACGCCACUUCUCUCAUCAAACAGUAUUUCAUUGUCACUUGGAGAACGUUCCAGCAAUAUUGGAGAAGCCCUGGUUACAUUUAUUCGAAGUUUUUCUUAGUUAUUACGGCGUCUUUGUUCAAUGGUUUUGCCUUCUUCCACAGUGGUACCUCUCAGCAGGGUUUGCAGAAUCAAAUGUUUUCCAUGUUUAUGUUUUACAUGCCCUUGCAAACAUUGAUUCAGCAGAUGUUGCCAUAUUACGUUAUGCAAAGAGAAAUCUAUGAAGUGAGAGAAGCACCAUCGAGGACAUUUAGUUGGUUUGCUUUCAUCGCCUCUCAGAUUACUACUGAAAUUCCUUUCCAGGUUGUUCUUGGUACCGUUGCUUUCUUCUGUUGGUACUACCCUGUUGGACUAUACCAAAAUGCUACGCCAACUGACACUGUUCAUGAGCGUGGUGCUUUAAUGUGGUUAUUGGUGACUGCGUUUUACGUCUACACAAUCUCAUUGGGUCAAAUGGUUGUUGCUUUCAUGGAAAUUGCUGACAACGCUGCUAACAUGGUCAAUUUGAUGUUCAUCAUGUGUUUGAACUUCUGUGGUGUUCUUGCCACUCCGGAGGCAUUGCCAGGUUUCUGGAUUUUCAUGUACAGAUGUAACCCAUUCACGUACUUGAUUCAAGCCAUGUUGAGUACUGGUUUGGCCAACACCAAGAUCGUGUGCUCUUCUAGAGGAAUCUUGCACUUCCAGCCCCCAAGUGGUCAAACUUGUGGCCAGUACAUGCAACAAUUCAUUUCAGCAGCCGGUGGCUACUUGCUUGAUGAAAGUGCUACUGAUCAGUGUGACUUUUGUGCCAUGUCUCAAACAAACACUUUCUUGGAUUCCGUCCACGCGGUUUAUUCUGAGAGAUGGAGAAACUUUGGUAUCUUCAUCGCUUUCAUCGCUAUCAACAUGAUCGGUACCAUAUUUUUCUACUGGCUUGCAAGAGUGCCAAAAUCUUCCAAGUCUAAAAACCACUAA